AUGCGGCCACCUGGACUAAAUAAUAGACGCGCCAAGAGGCGAGAGGAUGAGGUGAUGGAGGCAGCGGACACCGAGAGGCGAGAGGAUGAGGUUUUGGAGGCAGUAUACAGAGAGAGGCGAGAGGAUGAGGUGAUGGAGGCAGCGGACAAAGAGAAGCGAGAGGAUGAGGUGUUGGAGGCAGCAGACACAGAGAGGCGAGAGGAUGAGGUGAUGGAGGCAGCGGACACAGAGAGGCGAGAGGAUGAGGGUAUGAUAAGACGCCGCCGUUCAGCCAUCGUUGUCACCUCGCUGUUGCUUACCCUGGUCCUAUCACUCCUUGCCUGGAUUGAGUGGGAAGAAGAGUCUCUUGUGGCGCUCCCAGACAUCCUCCACCCCUUGCCAGCCAACCUCAGCUCACCACCGUCCUUCCGACGCUCAGCUACUCUCUAUGACACCAACUUCAGAUUCCACCUCAAUCUGACAGAAUAUUCGCAGACGUAUCCGGCCCUCCAAACAUACAGAUGCCGGGCAGUUAUUGGGUUAUUCGGGUACUGCUGGACACAUGAUCCGCUGAUCAUCCUCGCAGUGAAAUCUCACCCGGCCUCUUUUGGCAGGAGGAAUGUUCUGCGGGAGACUUGGGCCAAAGAGAGAAGUAUUCUGGGGUACCGAUUCAAGCCCCUUUUUCUCAUGGCCAAUUCUGGAAGAAGCGCUCAGAUGAAGAAAGCUAUUAGUGAAGCCGUUGUCUUUGGAGAUAUCAUCCUGUGGGACUUUAUGGAAAGUCAUCACAACCUGUCUCUCAAAGAGAGGUGCUUCCUGGAAUGGCUCUAUCACCGGUGCCCACAAGCCAGUUACGUCUUCAAAGGCGAUGAUGACGAAUUCGUUAACCCCAUCACUAUUGCCAAUUAUAUUUCAUUCCGCUUUCCUCUCUAUCCUUAUCAAAUCCACGGCCAUCUGCAAGAGCACGCCUCUCCAGAGCGCUGGGGAAAGUACAGAGUUCCCAUCUCAGUCUAUCCUCAUGGAUACUAUCCUCCGUUUGUCUCUGGUGGGGGCUUCCUUUUCCCCGGCGAACUUAUUCCAUCUCUUUAUUGGGCGGCAUCCGCCAUUCCUGUGUUCCCCCUGGAUGACGUUUUUGUCGGCUUCCUGGCUCUAGCCGCUAAUGUUACCUUCCACCACGAGCCAAGCUUCAGAUCCUUCGGCCUGAAGACCGACAAGAUCUGCAAAUACCUGGAUGCUGUUGUGGUCCAUGGGUUAACGCCACAAAGGAUGCUGGAGAUCUGGAAGGAUCUGCCCAAUGCGACACCCUGUGCACAAAGUGAGGAGGAAGAGGAGACUCAAGAGACAAAAGCAGUCAAAUAGCAAGGAAGCCGAGGGAGGGAAGCAGCAAUAAGGACGACUCG